GAUGUCACCUCACUUGAGAUGCGGUACCUGCGCCUAGUUACAGGUUGCAUGGAUGGGCGUAUUCGCAUCUGGAGUCUCAUCACAUUUAACUGUCUCCGAGAAUUUCGAGGCAAUCAGUAUUCUGACCCUAUUCUUGCUAUCUGCCAUUCUGAAAACAGUUUCCUUGUCAGCACGCGCACUAAUGUGCUCCAUUUCACCUUCGAGCCUGUAUUCUGGAGGUAUGAUCUACCAGCAGAAUGCAUGACGCCUUCUGAGCGCCUGCGCAGUCGCUUGAGCAAAGCAGCCAACUCACCACAAUUAGCAUGUUUCAGGGAAUCGCGCUCGACCUGUACCCUUGCUUCAUCCUACUCCGCGCAGGCUGCAAAAUACCACCACGAUACAGCGGAUAGCCUCCAAUAUCUACGAGUCCCCGGUUGCAAAACAUUGGCUGAAGUUCCUCGGCCUUUGGCCAAGAAUUUUGGUUUACCAGGCAAACAGCGUAGCAUUUCCAGGGUCCAUCGGGCCUGCCUCGUGGGCGCUUCAGACCCACGCAUUCUACAACAAGCUGCAGAAUACAUGGAAGCCUAUACUGUAGAAUGCUUUGAACAACCUCCAGUAAUGACAAAUUUUAAUCCAACUUACUAUGAAAAUAAAACUGCAACUGAUGGGAGCCCAAUAGUGGAAGAUUUAAUUUCUACUCCAAGCCCUAUACAGGAUAAUCUCUCUGAUCGGAGUAGCAGUGAAGAUGGAGAGUACAAUUUUAGUAUGUCUCUUCAUUCCUAUCCAAAUGUUUAUAAUAAUAAAAAACUCCAAGCAAAGGAUUCAAAGCCAAACAGGCAAGUUACUUAA